AUGGAUAAAAUCGAAUAUCGUGCGGUGAUUAAGUUUCUCACAAAAGAAGGGUCAAAGAAUGGGCAAAGCUUCAAGUUGGGCAGAGAAUCAUUGAAAGAUGAUCCACAUACAGGUCGGCCAGUUAAAGCAACUGCUCCAGAUGUGCUGGAGAAAAUUGAUCAUCUCGUGCACGAAAAUCCUCGAAUGAGCAAGAAAGUGUUAGCAGCAAUGUUUGACAUCUCAACUGGCAGUGUAUUCAAUAUACUUCAUGAAAAAUUGCACAUGAGAAAGGUUUGCUCACGAUGGAUUCCAAGAACUUCGAACAGAGCUCAAAAAGAAGAACGAAUUGCUGCUGCAC